CCUACAACAAAAUGCCGCGGCUCCUCCUCUUUCUCCUCCUUUGCGUCUCGGUGUUGGCCGCUGCACCUGCACAGGCCUAUCAAGACAAGUGCGACAUCAAAGCCGCCGUCAGGAACGAUUCAGACACCGGCAAAAAUGAGGCGCCCGGGAUCGACGAUCUGUUCUAUGUUGUGGACAUCGACGAGCUCGAGCAGGCCACCGGCUUGGAAUUGGGUUUGUCUCAGGGUGAUGCUAUCGAAAUGGACCAACCUAUUCCUAGUACCAGCGCCGCCUUCCAAUCACCGGAUUUGAUCAACUGUCGGGCGAUCAACUGGACGAUUGAGGAGCGCCGUCGUGCUUGUCUGGCCCGCAUUGUCAGUCAUGUUUACUCCAGGGAGAAGAAAGCUAUCCCCCUAAGUCCCGACACAGGCUUCCGCCUCCACGGGGAGCCGCUCGAGGACGGCGACGACGUCUAUGCUGCCAUCUACGAGUACGUGGGCCAAGGCCGUGAGGACAAGUCCGCUCCACACUUGAUCGUCGCCUUCCGAGGCACCGACCUGUGCUGGAAACGGAGGGGGGUGAGGGACGUCUGGUUCGACUGCCUAAUUACUGUAGACGCCGUCAAGUACACUGGUCGCUUCAAGCUCGCCUACCAAAAGCUCGUCCACCUCAUGCUGGAUAAUCCAGGUCGCCCCGUUUGGCUCACCGGGCACUCUGCCGGCGCGUCCCUGGCGCUGCACGUGGGGACUCAUAUGGUGCUCAAGAAGGAGAUCAAGCUCCCGACUUUCGCCUUCAACCCACCGGUGGCCAUACUUGGCUGGUUUCCCGUUCCCAAGGGCGUAAAGAAGCUCAUUGGACCGCUGAUCCCAUCCAGGCGCAAGCAAUCGUUGAAGCUGUGCAGGUGGACUCCGGUGCUGUACGUGCACCAAAGAGACUUCUUCUUCUGCAGGAGGAUCAUUGAUUGCUUGAAGAAGCCGACCAAGUUGGACAAGUGGAUCAUCAACCUGCCGUCCCUGACCAUGUGUGAGAACUCCGCCAUUGUCCAAGCCGGGGGAGAGCAGUGUGGACUACACAGCAUUAAACAGUGGUUUAGUCCCAAUAGUGAGCUCAACAUGACCUGUCGAAAUAUCCAAGAAAAUCGGAAGCAUACUCCUGAGGCUCUCAGCCGGUUCAGCCUAGGCUAUGCUAGCAACGGCUUACAUGCUAUAUAUCAGGGCUAUGAAUUUCCUCUCUUCAGCUCAGAUGUACCACAAGCACCCUAAGUCCAUUAAAUAUUUGCAAGUAGGACUUGUGUACCACUACAAGGUUUCCCUGCAUCUAUUGAAGACCCUAUUUGUAAGUUUUCUUA